AAAGUCGUGACACAGAGAAUGUCAAUUGCUCUCUGGCGCAAUAGCGACUAUGUGAAAAAUAAACUCAUCCUACAUAUCGUCACGGCCCCUCUUCAACGGAUUUACCUUCUGGAUGAUCAAAGAUACUGUCAAUGGUCUCCAGGAACCGCUGUUCACCGUCUACAAUUUCAUAUUCGUCGCCCCGGGAGUAAUCAACCAGCUCCAACCUCUCUUCAUCGAGCGCCGCAAAAUCUACGACGCGCGCGAAAAGAAACCCCGCAUCUAUUCCUGGAAAGCAUUCAUCACGACCCUAAUUGUCUCUGAAUUCCCAUACCGCUGCAUCUGCGCCGUCCUCGGCUAUGAAUUCGUAUACACUGGCCUGGAAAAUUUAGGGCUAUGUUGCCUCCUAAGAUGGGGAAUGUCGGGUGUGUGAGUAUACCCGGGGCAGCGAUUAUCUGCGCACCCUCAAUUUGAAUGCGUAUUACUAUGGCUGGAGGGAUGCGGCUCUUGUAGUCCUCUUUGCGAUUGCGGGGUAUGCAUUGGUGUAUCUGCUGAUGAAGCUGAGGACCAAGGCUUCCAAGAAAGCGACUUCUAAGAUUUAAAUCAUUUUCAGUCAUCUACAUUUAUUAAG